UCGGCAGUCAGAAUGUCUCGCUGGUCGUUAGCCAUUUCCUUUGCAUGUAUCGUUAUGUUCUGCUUAACGGUGCAAGCCGAUCGACAGGAAGAAGUUACAGCUUACGUGAGUCAAUAUGCGGCCGCUAAGCAAAAGCAACAUUCGGGUGUGUUUAAUUGUUGGAUACUUGAGUUUUACGCCAUCUCCAACACCCAAUCCUCCAUACUGAGCGACGUAACCCGUCAGCUCAACGAUCAGCAUAUCAGUGUGCUACAAUCAGACCAUCAGGCGACGCACGUACCCAUCUACCGGGAGCCCAACAUGGUGAUCGUAUUGUGGGGAAAUGAUGCGAAAACAGUGGAAAGUUUUAACAUCCACUGGUGGAUAUCGAGCAUACCGUACGAAUGUCCCACGUUCAUCCUGUUCGAGGUGGAAACGAUGACGCAGCCAUGGCUAAUAGGGGCGUACUUUGCAACGAGACUAGCGACCAACUUUGCACUGAUUGCGCUCAAUGUGGAUGUCAUGUACACCUUUCAUUACGAACCGUUCCGCAUCUCGACCUACUGGGGAUUCCCUAGCCACAGUGAACUAUUUUUCGAUCGGCUGCAAACCUUACAAAAGAAAACGAUAAACGCUGCAUUCGCUAUGGACUUUUACACGGCGAUGUUUUGUGAAAACUUACCAGGGGAGGACAGGUCGCUGUUCAUUCUGUUUGCCGAAACGCUUCAGUUUUCGGUAAACUAUCGCGAGAUGCAAUGUGGCCGCAAUGAAACGAUGGCAAGUUGCUUGGAUCGCUACAGCGAUUCGCACAUAAUUUUGAAUCGAUUGUAUUUGACACACUACAACAAGUUCUGUGUCAGCCGUACGGCCAUGGAGCAGAUUACAAUUGCAACGCCGAAAGGACGCUUGCUGACCGUGUGGGAAAUGCUGCUGAAACCGUUCCAACAGUCUGCCUGGACGGUGAUAUUUGCAAUUAUUGCCGCUUGCCAGCUUGUUCAACAGCUCACCCCAACACUGUUCGUCAACAAUCUCCUCAACUUGGCACUGUUUGGGUUCGAAAAGCGCAAGCUUCACCUCACCAAGUUUAUCGAAAAAGUUACAUCCACUGCACUAAUAAUACUCUUUUUCCAGCUGAAGUGUGCGUACGAGGCAAAACUGGUUUCGUACUUAACCGAAACACCUCGCGUACCGGAAGCGCGAUCAAUCGAAGAAUUGAGGGCUCGAAACAUCACCGUGUACUACGGCAAACUCAACAUUGACCACGUGGAAAAGCUCAACGGGCUAGUGGCACUGUACGAGGGUGAUCAGAUGUUUUUCGAUGGAGUUACGCUGCUGGACAACCGAGAGUCUUUGAUGGCGGAAAAGUUGUUCUCCGAAAAUGUCCCUAACUAUGCGUUGCCGUACACCAUACUACCCGACAACGUGUUUGAAAUAUUGCCGUUCUAUGUGUUUGGUGUAAAGUCACCGUUUAGCAAACGAUUUCACACGUAUCAGCAGCGUAUGUUCGAAGCCGGUAUGCAGCUACACUGGCGGCAAGAGUAUUUAAAUUGCUUUCUCUUGCACAUUGUCAGUGCGCGGCACGAUGCGCGAGGAGCAAACACGAAGUUUAAUGCUGCCAUUCGAUAUGACCAGCUGAAACCACUGAUGCGAUUUUUCCUGGGCCUGUGGGCAUUCGCAAUCGUGAUCUUCGUGGUGGAAAUUAUUCACGGAAGGUACAGCGCAUAUAAGCGAUCAGGAUGUGGUGCAACUGUCGCUAAGCAAAAGCAAGGGAAGAAAUCAUAA